AUAUAGUAGUGGUUGGAUCGUAUAAUUAUAAACUACAGUUUAAUUUAAUAAUCAUAUUAAAAUGAAAAAUUGUGUUGUAAAAAAUUGUAAAAUGAGAAUAAAGGGUUUAAAAAUAAAAAGAUCGUUAUUUAAAGUGCCAAAAAAUGACGAGAUGAAAAAAAAAUGGGAAGCAGCAAUACCAGACAUUUCAGUUUUAGAUAAUUACAAAUUUGUUUGUGAAAAACAUUUUAAGGCUGAAGAUAUCAUCAGGCAAAGAGAUUUCAGAAAUAACACUGGUGAAAUAAUUGGAGUGGGUAUUCUCAGACGACCGGAAUUACGAGAGACAGCGGUUCCGUGCUUGUUCGAAAAUGAUCAAGAGGAACCUGAAGAUGUGUCUAAAAAUCAAAAUAUUGAUGAAGAAUCAAUGAAUAAAGAAGUGCUAGAGAAUCCUAUGGAUAUUUGGAUUGAUGCGGACUUAUUAUUUGAGGGCAAAAAUCAAAAUAUCUCACAUAUUGUAGAAAAAAAUGAUCCUGGAUCAAUUGAAUAUGGUGAAGAAAAUUCUAAAGUAGAUGACAAAAAUUUGGAUACGAAUACCGAUAAAAAUUCUGCUACUAAUUGCAUAACAUUUUAAAAUAAUAUAAGUAGUAAUCCCACUUUAAUACCUAAUAAUUGGGCUGUUGUUAAUUUACCCUCGAAAAAUGAUGGGUAUUUUUUGUUUACUUAUUCGAAAAUGAUGAAUACUUCUGAAAUGGAAUAUCCUGUCUCCUAUCGGCAUGUAAAAUUGGAUGCAAAAAAAAAAAUGAAGUAUUUUAUUCACGGUCGUCUUGUGGAUUUGAAACUUUUAAAUAUGCGUUCUUCAUUAAUUAACAUUCAUGAUAUAAAAGAUAUUUUAUCCGUUUUUGAAAAUAAAUCAUUAUGUAACGGAUUCAAUGAAGUAAAUUUCGUUUUUUUAAAUUUAAAUGAUACAUUUCUUGAUUGUUUUGGGCAGUGGCAUAGCAAUAAAUGUACCUUAGUUGCAACGACAAAACGUUGUUAUAUCUGUGAAAAAUUACGACGAAUUCUAGUACAAAAGGAAACGAGAAAUAAAAAAUCAACACUUCUACGACACAACAUAGAAGGCCCAUUAACCUGAAAAAAAUUAAUAAGAAAACCGGAAAAAUAAAACAGAAAUUAUGACUAAAAAAACUCAUUGCCAUUUGAAGGCAAAUGUGCAGAAUUAGGAAUUGUAGUUUUUCAGAAAAUUUCAUUGAAAGAAAUAAUUUCCGCUGCGCCAAAAAAAUUAAAAGGUGGACGAUAUUCAAGUGAUCUGAUGUAUAUGUUAAUGCAUAUUCGAUCACCGUUGGAUGAUCAAUGUAUUGCCAUCAUAUUCUCUCAUAAAAUGUGGCUUCAAUCCUAAUUUUGUACAAAUAUUACAGAGGCAUUUUAAUAGCUAACAGCUAUUUCAGUGGAAUGGAAUAAUUACGUUAGAUGAAAUAAAUUUAUGAAAAUCGAUUAUAACAUGUGCACAAAAUUUGACUUAUGUCGGUUUAACUGAUUUUGGAAAAGAUGGUUCACAGUCGAGUCAAAUAAAAAAUUUAGCCAAAACUGAUCUUGUCAUGAUGUACCAGUCUUAAGCGAAAAAUUUUGUACAAACAUUUGAAGUUUUCGCCUCCGAAAACAGUGUACAUGGUAAGGUGCCAAAAUACACGGUUUGGUUGCAGACGGAGCAUCAAGAAACAAAAAAUAUUUUCUUUAUUGGGCGUUAAUGACUCAAUUGAAAAACUUAGUUUAUUCAUCCACUUGAUGAUACACGGAAAGUUUUCGGUUUCUCGGGCACAUGCCAUGUUUUCAAAAAUAUUCGUAAUCGCUUGUACAAUAACCAAAAAAUAAGGGUAAGCUUUUUAAUUGAUUGAUUAAAUAUUUUUUAUUAUUUUUUUGUGCUGAUGGGAUGAGAGUUACGUUGGCGAAACGGUGAUAUCCCGAGAAAUGAUUUUAAACUACAGAAAUCACAGAAGCGCUAUGCCAGUAUUUUGAUUCAAAAAUUUAUUAACUGGAAGAAUUAGUCAAGACAAUUUAGAAGUAUGUUCUUUUUUAAAUAUUAGUCAAUUAAUUAAAACAUUAAACAAAAUUUUCUGUUAAAAUUUUUGGAUAUUAUAGUUACACAAAUUGCUUUCAACUUACUGCGUUAUUAAGUCGCCAAAAUAUGGAAAUUGUACAGACACGGAAGAUUCUUAGAUUUAAUUACGUCGGAUUAAAUACAACGUAUUUUUAACGAUAAUAAAACGUUGAAAACCGUUGAAUCAAAAAAUAAAAUUGAAGGAAAGUUUGAAUGCUUAGAGCACGAAAAUUGGGAAGGUGACGACGUUAUACAAUUGAACCAUGAUUAUGCAUCAUCUCCAGCAUUAGUUUGCAUCAUUUAUUACGUUACGUUAUUUCUUUUGUGACUCACAAUUGUUCUCAUACUUUUGAAAAAAACAAUUAAUUUUUUUAUUAUGUAUGUUAUCAAAGGUAUGAAAAAAUGUUUGUUUUUAAUCUGAAAUUCAAGAAGAUAAUGAGACCAAAAUUUGCAUAAAUUUUACUAAUUAAUUUGUUUUAGAAUAUAUUAGCUACUCGGGAAAAAUGUUUGUAAGAAUCAGAAGUCAAUACCUUAGUUGAAAAGUCCGAUUCAAUUCCAUUGAAAAUGAAUCGGAAUGAAUACGAAAUAAAAAUUAUUUUUUUAUUCAUCCCGAUUCAUAAUUUAAGAGGAUUCCAAUCGAAAUGAAUGUGUGAAAUUAAAUUUACUAUUUAUUUCUAUUCAUUUUUAGUAGGAUUAAAUCGAACUUUAUUAUUAGAGCAAUUAGACCAGUAAUUAGAAAUUUUGUGUCAAUAUAAUCAUGCAUGCAAUGCAUAUAAUUUCAUUAUUUUAUGAUUAUUGGAGUAUACAAAAUUAUAAACUUGGGACCAAAUAUAUUAUUCAAUUUUUUUGCUGAACUAAAGCCAAAAGGGACUUACUUCUUGACUAUCAAUAUUAAAAACUUAAAGUGUAUGCACGCGUUGCAUUAUAUUUUCUUUACUGAACACCAUGUAAAAUUUUUAUCUAUGUAUUGUGUUGAUAAUGACUUUCGUUUAACACAUACAUCAGACAUAAAUCAAAAUAAAUAAAAAAACAUUGAAAUUAUAAAUUGGACGCUUUCAUAUACUGAAAAUCAAGAAAGGCUUAAGUGUUUCAAUCGAUACAAAGUUUCUAUUAGUGGCUGUUGAUUUUCAAUAAUUUAAUGUGCAAUAUACAAGUUGC